CUAAUCUCCUAGACAGGAAUUUUUAAAACAGCUUCAGGAAACUCUCUGCUAGAAAGAGUAUCCUCCAUUUCCAGAAACUCUCAUCUCAGCAAGCAAGUAACAAUGUCCGGAGAAGCAAAAAGGUUGCGUAUCGGGUAUGCACUAGAACCCAAGAAAAUCAAGUCUUUCAUCACCCCAUCUCUACUAACUCACACUCAAAACCAAGGCAUCGAUCUCGUUCAAAUCGAUCCUAAUAAACCCCUCACUCAACCCUUGGACGCCAUCAUUCACAAGCUCCACUCCCCUGAUUGGGACCAAAAAUUACUCCACUUCUCAUCACAAUUCCCCAAUACCCUUGUCAUCGAUUCCCCUCUAGCUAUCCAACGCCUCCGCGAUCGAGUCUCGAUGCUUGAUGUUGUUGCUCAGCUCAAUCUCUCCCCCACUCUCACUACUCCCAAACAGGUAUACAUUGAAAAUUCUGAAUCCUUACUUGAUUGUUUGAGUGAUGUUUCCGAAGAUUUCAAGUUUCCGGUGAUAGCUAAGCCGUUAGUGGCUGAUGGGUCGGCUAUAUCUCAUAAUAUGACACUUGUGUUUAAUAGAAAUGGGCUUAAGAAUCUCCAACCCCCGGUCGUAUUGCAAGAUUUUGUGAACCAUGGGGGUGUUAUUUUUAAGGUUUAUGUGGUUGGGAAGUAUGUUCAAUGUGUUAAGAGGAGUUCUUUGCCUGAUAUAUCUGAGGAGGAGAUGGGGAAUUUGGGGGAUGCAAUGCCGUUUUCCCAGAUAUCGAAUUUGCAUAGUAGUGGAUAUAAGGCGGGCGUGGGAGAUGAUGUGGAGAUGCCUCCGUUGAGUUUUGUGAAUCAAGUUGCGAGUGCUUUGGGAAAGGCGUUGAACUUGAAUCUUUUUAAUUUUGACAUGAUUAGGGAGGCUAGUGUGGGACAUUGUUCUCGUUAUUAUGUGAUUGAUAUCAAUUACUUCCCUGGAUACGCAAAGAUGCCGUCUUAUGAGUCUGUUAUGACUGAUUUCUUUAAGGACAUCGUGAACCAAAACUCAGUUACAGUCACGGCUAAAGGUCAAGAAAAUAACAACCAUGAGGUCCCGAGUUGAGGACAUUUCAAUCUGUUGUUUGACAUUCUGGCUGUUGCUAACCCCAUAGGUUAAGUAGAAACUGGCUUGCUCUUCCAUGAGGAAACACUUCCUCAUCUUUUCCUUUCUUGGACAUAGUGAGUGAGUAGGACAAUUGUGACACUUUCUUGCUGGGUGACAUAGUAUGUAUUAUGGUGAAUUCCUGGUUUAAUGUGCCAUUAUUGUUGGAUAUACAUAAUCUGGUGAGCCAGGAAGAAGUGAUUUAUUU